GUGUUUACUCCAAUCACAAGCGCAACCGAGUCAAGGUUGGUUUCAGUGCAGGAAGGAACCGAGUAGCUGCUGCUGUCACUUCAAAAGCCCAGUUGUCCAUCCAGCACCAUGGGAAAGAAGAGUCGAGUGAAGACUCAGAAGUCAGGCUCAGGAGCCAGCGCUGUGGUUUCCCCCAAGGAGAUGAUGAACGUCAUCGCGGAAUUGUUGCAGAAAUGCAGCAGUGCAGCACCCUCUGCUGGUAAGGAGUGGGAGGAGUACAUCCAAAUCAGAGCCUUGGUGGAGAAGAUUCGCAAGAAACAAAAGGGUAUGUCCAUAGUGUUUGAGGGAAACAGGGAGGACUACUUCCAAGAUCUGAUGUCCUGGGCUCAGGAAAACGGGGCUUCCCGUGAUGGCUUCACCGUGGCCAACUUUGGGACAGAGGGCUAUGGCUUGCGGGCUACCAAAGACAUCAAGGCAGAGGAACUGUUCCUCUGGAUUCCCAGGAAGAUGCUGAUGACAGUGGAAUCAGCCCAGAACUCUGUACUGGGUCCCCUGUACAGCCAGGACCGGAUCCUCCAGGCCAUGGGCAACGUGACACUGGCUCUCCACCUCCUGUGUGAACGGGCCGACCCCGCUUCAUUCUGGCUGCCAUACAUCCACACUCUUCCUCAAGAGUAUGACACGCCGCUGUACUACCAGCAGGAAGAUGUGCAGCUGCUGCUGGGAACACAGGCUGUUCAAGAUGUCCUGAGCCAGUAUAAAAACACAGCACGGCAAUAUGCUUACUUCUACAAACUCGUACAGACUCAUCCUGCCGCCAGCAAGCUACCCCUGAAGGACAGCUUCACAUUUGAUGACUACAGGUGGGCAGUGUCUUCUGUGAUGACCCGUCAGAAUCAGAUCCCUACUGAGGACGGCAGUCGAGUCACUCUGGCCCUCAUACCCCUCUGGGACAUGUGUAACCACACGAAUGGACUGAUCACUACUGGCUACAACCUAGAGGAUGAUCGCUGUGAGUGUGUGGCACUGCAGGACUACAAGGAGAAUGAACAGAUCUACAUCUUCUAUGGUACCAGGUCCAAUGCUGAGUUUGUCAUCCACAACGGCUUCUUCUUCCAAGACAACGCCCAUGACCGAGUGAAGAUCAAGCUGGGUGUCAGUAAGAGUGAGCGCCUUUACGCCAUGAAGGCCGAAGUACUGGCACGAGCCGGCAUCCCAGCGUCCUGUAUCUUCGCUGUGCACUGUAACGAACCCCCGAUUUCAGCCCAGCUCUUAGCCUUCCUGAGAGUCUUCUGCAUGACAGAGGAGGAACUGAAGGACUACCUGCUUGGAGAGCGUGCCAUCAACAAGAUCUUCACCCUGGGCAACAGUGAGUUCCCUGUCAGCUGGGAAAACGAGAUCAAGAUGUGGACUUUUCUCGAGACUCGAGCUGCUCUGCUGCUCAAGACCUACAAGACCACGUCGGAGGAGGACCGCUCCAUGCUGGAGAAACCAGAUCUAUCUCUUCACUCUCGCUUAGCAAUCCAGCUUCGUCUGGCUGAGAAGCAGAUCCUGGAGAAGGCGUCAGCCAGUGGUCGGGAAAAACGCUUAUACUUUGAAAAGAAGCUGGAGGAGGGUGCUGUGUUGCCGCACUAUGAGGAAAGCGAUAUUGCUUUGCUGGAAAACACCGACGCUGAUGCAAAGCUUCCUAUUAUUCUGCGCAAGCUGGAAGAGGUGGAGGAAGGGCAGGAGAUCCAGGUGGAGGAGCACAGUCACCUCUUGAAUGGCGAGAAAGCAGUCUAUCAGAUGGGUAUAAGUGCUAAUGGAGAGAAAAUGCUCGAGGAGACUCAGAAGGUUGGCAAAGAUGUUGAUCCAGCUUUGGCAUCUGUUGGAAGUUCACACCAGAAAGGCCAAAAGAAAGUGGCUAACCUAAGUGCCAAUCGAACUGAAGAUAAUCCCAAAGAGAACAGUGAAUAAAUAUUCCACUUAGUGCCACAGCCCAUGCUAUUUAUUUAUUUUUGUGUCUCUUAAAGGACUCAGAAAUAUAGAAGCUGAAACAAAAUGUCAGUUGAAAGUCAUUGAACUUUUCCGACUGUAUGUUCAUCCAGCGUGGCUUUUCUUAGUUGACCGCUGCUGAACUGUCUCUCAGCCUUUUGAACAGAGGUGGUUUUGAUUGACAUUAACUUUUGGUUAAGUUUUAAUCGUAGGUUUACACUGAAACUGACACUUACAGCAUGGGGGGAAAAAAGCAAGGGGGGCAGCACGGAACAGUUUCAAGCAAGUAGUUAGGUGAAGAGAAGAGAAAAACAAUUAGGUGAAUGUUAUUUCCACAGAGUCAAAAUUGCUCUAAUUUUGUGAAUUGGUUGGUUUAUUACGGCAGUUUGACUCCAUAUGUGUCCACUAUCUGUUAAGUCGACAAUCUUAUCUGAUGGUGCAUUGUGGGGUGUGCCUCCUUUGUCCAGUUACAUAAGACAUGAGACUAGCUGAUGUUAGCUGUCACGGUUCAAUAAGGCAGGCUAAUGUGGAAAUGGUUUUGCUUUCUCAAUUAAAAAGAUGUUUUAAAAAGUCAUAAAUUUUUAUGAAUGUACUCUGUAGAAAAAGGGUGUGAUCACUGUUGUUGCCCCUGACAAAGCCAUAAAUAGCCCUGAGAAGGCGAUGAGACACAGGAACAUGUUAUGUGAGGGUUUGCAAGCUUUUUGUUCAGCUGCCUUAAAAUUAGGCAAUCCCAACAUGAAAAACAAGGAAGCAUUAUUCCUAGGUUCUUACUCUCUGGUUGCAGUAGGGGUGACCCCAAUAACUCUACAUGCUUUAAUACUGAGUCAUUGGACGUAAUGUAUAGUUUCCAUCACAAUUGCAAUAAGUUGUAUCAUUUUACCUCAUUGUGUAGGCUCUGGACAUGAGGGCUGGCCGUAUUUUACAUUCUACGGGUGCUUUUCCGCUAGUUUUUAAACUCCAAAAUAGUAGUUUAAAUGUAAAAUGAGGAAAUGUAGUUGUAUAGUAGAUUUAAUGUUGCCUUAGUACAGGUUUAAAUGAGUCCAGUUCACAUAAAUCUGUAUAAACACAGUGGCACAUACAGUAUGUGUGACAAUAUCUAACAGAAAACUGCAGUACUGCUGUACCAAUUAUAUGUUGGUGGUAGCAAUCUAGGAAAAGAACCUGUUGUGCAACCUUGAUGGUAUCACCAGGGUUGUUCAAUCAGAUCAAUUCUAUGGGAAAUUAUCAGUGGAGAUCCCCUGUGUGGGUGAAUUGGACUCAUUUUAACCUUCCCUUCUUUUCUACAGUCUGAACAGAAUCUCACACACUCUCGCCUCCGUACGUGAUAUGAUACAUGAUAUUAACUUAAUAUUGGUGUCUGUCUUGACAGUGCCACUGUGAGCUUUCUGGUUUCGUUUGGCCCCACCAAGGAACAGGUACAUGAAAGCACUGCUGAAUCCUUCCUGCUGUGCUGACAUGAAAAUGGUUUUCAUCCAGUAAAUUCAGACGGUGCUUCUCUGUGAUGCUGUAACGAAGAACCAGCUGCGUGUACUGUAGACGACAGACAGUGUUUGUGCACUGGUUCUAGCAUACUUCACUAGCACCUGAUAAACCAGACAGAUUUGAAUCUAGAUAUCCAUGUCACCGGUGCAAUUUUGGUGGGAAAAAAAUACACUUAUGAAUCUUUUAAAUAUCAAGGAGGAGACACCUGGCAGCGUCUUGUUCUGAAGGAUCAGUUAUCUUUUAACAACUCAGAUAGUAAAUUAGUGUGUAGGUUUGGAGAACCUAUUGACAUGCAGUAAAAUAAUAAUUUAAGGUGUUGAAUAAUAAGACAAUUCAUUUUAAAACACCAAAUAAUAUCAUUUAGAUUUGCCUGAGCUAUCUAAAAAAGCACCAAAUAUCUACACUAAAACAGCAGAAUCAGAUUUUUCUGGCUCUUUUACUUUAAAACUGCUUUACAGUUGUCAGCUUCACUGGCAGAUUUCUGUCUGUUGACUACUCAUUUAAUUGACCUACUGAACUACUGUAAAUCUCUGAAGUUAUCUCCUGUCCCAUUGGAAGUUGUGCUCAAAGUGGUUCUUGAUUGACAAAUUGACACAUUUCAGCUAUUCCUGCUGAGACUUUAGCUUUUUAGCAAAGAUGUAUGAUGAGCAUUGAUUAGACAGUUUUUCUUUAAGCGUAUUGAACAUCUUUAGAAACAGAAAUAAAUGCCUUGGCUUUUUAGUAUCAGCCAGCUAAUUGAGUUGGGGUCACUCCUUGUUAACCUGCAGAGUCAUGUUGUUAGCCAACAGAGGCUUGGUGGUGGUGGUGUGAAGAUUACCACCACGUUCCUCUCCUUGUCACUUCAUUUAGUAAGCUGACCCAGAGGUCAGAGCACUUUGUACCACAGCAUGUUCCUUUUCUGGAUCUCAUUUGAUCUGUCACUUGUCCUUUUGUGGCUCCAGCACUUUUCCAUCAUAAAUCUGUAUUUUUAUGCAAUCGUGUAUCUUUAACAACCUUAUUUGUAACAUUCUGUCUGUGUGCUGCUUUUCUAAACACAUCUGUACUGUGUGUGUGUGUGUGUGUGUGUGUGUGUGUGUGUGUGUGUGUGUGUGUGUGUGUGUGCGCAAGAGUGUGCAAGAGUGUGCAAGAGUGUGCAAGAGUGUGUGCAGGUGUGUGCAGGUGUAUGUGUGUACGCGUGUUAUUGAGAAACAUCUCCUAGCUUUAACCACAGACUCAACAAGUCCUGGAUGAGUAUGGGGUUUGUUUGUUUUUUUCCAACUGAACCUGACUCCUCACCAUCUCCCAUUAUGCAGCGCAAAGGAAACGUGUCCUGACGCUAUCAUCAUCCAAACAAAACAGAUUAAACUUCAUCCAUUUCUCA